UUGUAUCGCAAAAUGACAUGAACUUCAUUAUUUGAAGCUUGUCUACUUACUACUUCCGUAAAGUCGCCGAUAUUUUUGUUCUUAGAACAACCCACCUGUCUUCCUCGUCCUGCGCCCUCUUUUCCGACCCAACAUACUCAUUUUACAACUCUUCUUAUUGCCCAGAAUAAAUAUGAAGACUGCGAAGCCACCUCAAGGGGAAUCUGGUCCCUCAAAUCGGAGGGCUCAACCUGUUCGCCAGACUCGAGCAAAUCCUCCACGAACAUCGUCUGGCACCACCCGCACCUUCGCCAACAGAGAUUCGCUCGGUGGCGGCCAUGUUCACGAUCAACCCAUCGACGUAUUCCCAGCAAUUACCUAUUUUACCGAUGCUAUAGCAUCCCUUCCCAAAGAUCUCGUCCGACAUUUCACGCUUUUAAAGGAGGUCGACGCCAAGAUCUUCGCCCCCGAAGAGACACUCUUUCAGCUCGUCGAUGCCGUCCUCAAAACAAGCCCUCCAGAGCCUAGAAAUACCAAUGAUGCAUCCAGCAGUAUUGUCGCGGCUUCGACGCCAAUGAGCGCCCAAAACAGCUCGAGCGGCUUCCCUGCGAAUGGCAAUCCUGCUGGAUCGACCGAUGACAACUACAAUUCUCCUGUAUUUGAUCCAAGCAACCUCCCGCGACGACAGCUAUUUCGUCAAACUGCCUUUAAGGUUCAGGAAAUGCUUGUUUCCUUAGAAGAAAAGAAUCACGUUAUAUCGACCGCGAACGAGGCGCUUUCUAAACAACUGUCUCGGAUCAACGAUGUAUGGCCACACCUAGAAGCCGAGUUCAGCGACGAGGCAAAAUGGGGAAGCACUACACACUGGGCGUAUCCAGAGAAUCGAAUAAAUCGAGCAAAUCAGGCUGAGCGAUCGCGCCGAGAUGGUGCAGCUACGAUCACUGCCGCAGCCCAGCAGCUCGCGGAAGAAGCCGCGGCACGGAGCGAUGCUAGAAAGCAAGCCCUCAUAGCCAAAAAGGGUCUUAAGACACAGCAACAUCAAGACUCAGAUCUAGAUGAUCACGAGAACAAGCACAAGAGCGAAUCGACGAGAAAGGCGCCCAACCAUGGUAGUAAAUCUCGCAAAAAUGCUGACACAGCUGCGCCUAUCGGAUUGGGUAUUACUUCAGGCGCUGCUGCUACUACGGCUGCCACCACCAACGGAAACCCUCCGUCUAAGAGACGAAAGGUUGAAAAUAGCAAGCCGGUCAAUGGAGGACAACCUAUGGAACGCGCAAUGAGUUCAGUCUUUGGCGCUACUGUCACAAAAACCAAGAACGCCAGCCCAAGAGCAACGCCAGCACCUGAACAACCGAAGAAGCGCAAAGCCCUUCCCACCGUAAACGGCGCCUCGAAGAAGAGCAAAACGAACGCCACAGCUGCUGCGCUGUCGCCGUCAAUUGCGCCGUCCCCGAUCCAGCCCAACUUCGACCCGAAAGUCAUUGCUCGUGGCUCUCCCGCCCCUUCUACAACCUCUGUGCGCCCUGUCUCAUCUCGAGCAAGACAAAACUCCAUACAAUCUAAUGUAGAAAACGGUCGACAACGACCAACUUCAUCCGCGUCCAACAGACCCAACGGGGUUGCGACUGUAACACCUGAGCUCGCGGUGCAAAAUGGCACUCGGCCCCCAGGUGACACUAAAUCAAAUAAAGAACCUACGGCAACCGUCAAGGUAGAAGCCUCUAAAGAGGAGGCAGUCCUUGCUAUCGCCAGCGCCAGCAAUGCACCAACAAACAACAAGACCAUUACGAAGGGAGACGAUUCUGAGCCUAGAGGUGACGUUACACAAACACCAACUGCAACAGCUACAACUGUUGUCACGACCAAGAGCGGACGAGCCAGUAAGCCGUCGACGCCAGCAUUAGGGUCAUUCCCAGACCCAACACCAAGAUCUCGGUCGUCAAGGAACGCAUCGACGACUAACACAAAGAGAAGUCAUAAGAAGGGUGCAGCUCAGCUUGUGGCAGCUCGAGUUGCGGACGAAGAUGCGAAUAGUAGCGUCCAGGGUGACGACGAGGGCGAUGUCGAUGCUGAUGAACCACUAUACUGUUAUUGCAAUGGUGUUAGCUACGGAGAAAUGGUGGCUUGCGAUGCAGAUGAAUGCGAGCGAGAGUGGUUUCAUCUGGAUUGUGUUGGCCUUAAGGCAGCCCCUCCAUCAAACAUGAAAUGGUAUUGCGACAAUUGCAAGGACCGUAUCAAAACUGGGAAGAAGGUAAAUGGCAGGUGACCUGCUUUACAUUCAUAUGUACACCCCUGUGCUUCUACUCUGCUUCAAUGGGUAUCGAAAACGCCUACUUAGAAUCCACGGAGUUCAUGGUGUUCAUUCAGCUCUCGUCACAAUAGGCGACAUCCGGCAGGGUAUACCGGAACUUGGGGAUGCAAUAUGAGCUUACGUAUAAUGGCGUCUCGGUUAUUUUUGAAAGUACUAGAUCAGCAUGGCUAAUCAUGAUAUGGAGGAUAC